AUGCUGCCGCUGCCGCUGCCGCUGCUGCUGCUGCUGCUCCGGGCCCCGGUGGCCCCGGUGGCCCCGGUGGCCCCGGCGGCCGCGGAGUUCUCCUCCUCCAAAAGCGACCCGGACUACGAGUUCGGGGACUACCGGGGCAAGUGGUGCCUCGACGACCACGGCUUCGUGUACGGCAUCGGAGAGCUCUACUACCCGAGCCCCUCGGCGUGUCCGUGCACGUGCACCGUGGACGGCCCGGUGUGCGUCCGACCCAAGUGUCCGCGCAUACACCCGCGGUGCACGCGCAUCAGGUACAGGGCGUGCUGCCCGGUGUGCGAGGCGAUGGCCCGGGUGUGUGUCUACGGAGGGAAGACGUACCGCCUGCUGGAGGAGUUCAGGCUGUCCCGGUGCGAGCGCUGUCGCUGCGAGGCCAACAGAGAGGUGUACUGCAGCAUCUCCGACUGUCCGGCCCCCCACUGCGUCAACCCCACCUACGAACCCAACCACUGCUGCCCCAUCUGCAAGAGCGGUCCCAACUGCUUUGCGGGGAAUCGGGUGAUCCCGGCGGGCGAGCGCGUGAACAUCGACGAGCGGACGGUCUGUUUCUGCACCUACCGCGACGGGACGUGGCACACCCAGCCUCAGGCCAGCUGCGAGCAGCGCCCCCUGCCCAGCGUGACGCCCAGCCCCGGCACCGAGCCGCCCGGCGACGGGGACGCCCGGGGGAAAGGCGGCAGGGCGUUCGUGCCGCGGCUGGAUGUGAUACCGUGAACCGGCCGCUCCUCAGGUACAACACAAACUCGCCGUCAGUUCUCAGAGCACCGGAUCCGACUCGCCUACCGACCCACACAGAACCGGCUCCGUCGUGGUCUACAGAACCAGGACCGUCUACAGAACCAGGCUCUUCUCUCCUGGAAACGCAACACGGAGCAACCAAAGGUCCAUGUAGAUAAACCCAAGUGAUGGACUUUCGUGUGUCUUCUUCUGUUUCUGGUGUUUUUCUCCCCCUCUACAGGACUGGUGUAAAUACUGCAACGGUUCACCUGGUCUGGUUUGAAUGGACACGUUUCACACUGAAACAUUCUGGUUUUGGUUUUACUCUGGUUAAA